UAGCGGCACGGAAUUCUCCAGCUGCUUGACCCGCGCCCCACGUGGCAGAGUGAUUAACUGUUGUCGGAGCGCCAGAAUGUGCAUGUUCCGAAAAUAACCCGCAUCCUAGAGAGAUUGGAGCAUCCUUGAGGGAAGGUACCGGAUGGGGAACCUGGUGUGGUGCUCUCAGUUGCUGGCUGACUGGAAAUCUGGUGAUAGUAGUUGUGUCAGUCUUGUGAGAUCCAUCCCGAGAAGUGACACUACAGAUACCAUGCAUCUGCACUCACAUCAACCAGUUGGCUUUCUUCCUUAGCAACCUCUUUAGCAGAUUCGUACCUGGACUGGAGAAACGGCUCAGAGAUACCACCAGGAGGACAGAAGUUCUGACAGCGGAGGCAGUUGAGAAACAGCGAGAGACAUCAACUAGGCAGGACGGCCUCCACGCACAAGAUUCUACCCGUGGGGAGAGAGCGCAGCCUCAACACUGCAUUCAGUGAGCGAAUGGAAACCCCUGGCCCAGGAGCAGUUUUGUACUGGCGAAUGGAAAAUUACUGAGGAGGCGCCAGCGUCUUACAGAAGAUAAACUUCCUGUUCGGAGCCGGUCCCUGGGUGUGGCUGCUUGCUCAUGCAAUAAGAUUCUGCCUCUUCGUCCAGGACAUAAAACCUCCACUAGCCUCAUUACCAGCACACAGACAUUGGCUCUCUCAGGAAGUCUUCGGCAGCAACCAUGGCCACCUUCGUGGAGCUCAGUACCAAAGCCAAGAUGCCCAUCGUGGGCCUGGGCACCUGGCAGUCUCCCCGAGGCCAAGUCAAGGAAGCUGUGAAGGUGGCCAUUGAUGCUGGAUAUCGCCAUAUUGACUGCGCAUAUGCGUAUUACAAUGAGCAUGAAAUAGGAGAAGCCCUCCAAGAGAAGAUCAAUGAGAAGGCUGUGAAGCGGGAGGACCUCUUCAUUGUCAGCAAGCUGUGGCCCACCUGCUUUGAGAGGAAACUGCUAAAGGAAGCCUUUCAGAAGACCCUCACGGAUCUGAAACUGGACUAUCUGGACCUCUAUCUGAUUCACUGGCCCCAGGGACUUCAGCCUGGGAAGGAGUUAUUCCCCAAAGAUGACCAAGGCAAUGUCCUCACCAGUAAGAUAACAUUCUUGGAUGCCUGGGAGGUCAUGGAGGAACUGGUGGACCAGGGGCUGGUGAAAGCCCUGGGCGUCUCCAACUUCAACCACUUGCAGAUUGAAAGGCUCCUGAACAAGCCUGGACUGAAACACAAGCCAGUGACCAACCAGGUCGAGUGUCACCCAUACCUCACCCAGGAGAAACUGAUCCAGUACUGCCACUCCAAGGGCAUCACUGUCACAGCCUACAGUCCCUUGGGCUCUCCACAUAGGCCUUGGGCCAAGCCGGAAGACCCUUCACUACUAGAAGACCCGAAGAUUAAAGAGAUUGCUGCAAAGCACAAAAAAACCUCAGCCCAGGUUCUGAUUCGGUUCCACAUUCAGAGGAAUGUGGUGGUGAUCCCCAAGUCUGUGACACCAGCACGGAUACUUGAGAACUUUCAGGUCUUUGACUUCCAGUUGAGUGACCAGGAGAUGGCCACUAUCCUCAGCUUCAACAGAAACUGGAGGGCCUGCCUGCUGCCUGAGACAGUAAACAUGGAAGAAUAUCCCUACAAUGAGGAAUACUGAAGCUAAACCAUCUGAUGAGGCUUUGCUGACGCACACCUCACUCAUUCCUGGACUCCCAUUUGAGCCAAGCCUGCCUGACAUUGUGCUGUACUUAAUGGCAAUGCUGUACUUAAAUCCUCGUGCUGAACCCGGGAGUAAACUGUGAUGCAAGGAAACGUGACUCUGAGAAGCAAAUGGGUAUUUCUUUCACUAAUUUAAAUGACCGAAUGUUCAUCAAAAAACCCAGAAACUCUGGAAACAUUGGAGGAUAUAAAGAUAAAACAAUAAAAAUCAUAACAGUCACAAACAUA